CAAUCUGAAAGAGGAUAAUAUGAUCGAUCAGAAGGAAGGUGCGAGGAUUCAAGGAGAUGCGUCCAAGUCACUUGCUAGCGUCCAGUCUAAAGAACAAAAUAAUUUCAACGAAGAGAACAAAGACUCGAUCGACGAGGAAGAACCGAUAACAGGGGAAAAUCGACUGGAGGACGAAAUAUUAUUGCUCAACAAACGGCAAGCUUGGAUAAAGGAGAACGAACAACAAUUGGAAGAGGUAGCCUUCGGCGAGGACAUGAGAAAAGCGUCGAGAGACAAGGUGCUGUUCGAAAAACUGACCGAGAUCGACAAGAAAAAGAAUGACACGAACGGCAGGAAUUCCGGCGUUAAAAAUUACACGACGGAUAAUCCAAACGGCGGCGGGUGUAAUUUAUCGGACGAGGACAAGCUGAGAAUGCUCGAGGAGAAGAUCAAUGUUUAUGCGGAUAAUGAGUGAGGCGAAAAGCGAGAGGCAAAGAGUGAACGUGGAGGAGAAAGUUACGAGAACGAGGCGAAGAAGUUGACAAGUUCACCAAGAACGAACUACCCGCGAUAAAUUGCAAGAUAAAGUGAAACGUUAAAGAGACACGCGUUAAAGACGAACUCUAUGUUUAAGAACAAACAACGGAGACGAUAGCUGUGCAAGACGGAGUGCGACUAUACAGAGAAUUUCUGAUAUCUUUCGCGUGAUAUCUUGAUAAAUUUCGGAGAUAAGUUGAAAGUUAGAUAUGUCUGAUUUUGUUUUAUCGACGGUAAGAGGAUGAUAAUGGAUGGAAUGUUACGUUAAGUCUGUAACUUU